UUUUUUUAAAUUCUUUUCGAAAAAAUAAGACUUCAAAUAAUUCAAUUUUGUCGAUUCUACUCUUCGAGUCUGCCGCCGGAAUUUUGCGCGUCUGUCCGGUGAAAGAAACUCCUCGCCCCUCGCCGGCGGCAGAUUCUCUUCCGGCUCCGGCCAAUUGAAAUGACUCUGCAAUGACCCAUACCCGAUUCUUCCGGAACCGGAAUUCCAAAUCCAACAAAGAAGGAGAACCCACCACAAGCGACGGCGGAGGGACCGCCAUGAGAGUUAUAGUGCCUCUGCAGGGCAUCGUUCAAGGAAGCGGCGGCGUCGUUUUGGGCUCUCUUAUACCUUGCGUUCUCUUCUACUUUCUUCAGCUCUACUUGAAACGAAACCGGUCCGAGCCAACCGAGGACCCUCCAUCUUCACCGGAGGUGGAUUCUCCGGGGAAUUCUUCGUCGCCGUCGAGUAAUCAGUCCGUGGAGCUCUCUCCUCUGCCUCGAACAUUGUCUCGGACCUUCCUCUCGUCCAGGUCGAACGGGCCGGUCUGCGUUUCGUGUCGGGCUAAUUCGAUUGCCAAAGUUGGGGAAUCUUCUAUUUUCGUUGGAAUGAAAAAGUUCUUUGAGGACCCAUUUGAUGAAUUGGACAAUCCGACGGGGAUUAUUCAGCUUUCUAUUGCUGAGAACAAGUUGUCGUCGGACUUGGUGCAAAAUUGGCUAGAGGAGAAUGGAAGGGAUGCUAUAUUAGGAGGAGGGAAUCAUAAUGAGCUGAGUGUAGCUGGGACUGUUAGCUACCAGCCUUCAGAUGGAUUGAUGGAUUUGAAACUGGCUGUGGCAAGUUUCAUGUCUCAAGCUGUAGGGAACUCUGUUUCGUUCAUCCCAUCACAAUUAGUAUUUACAAAUGGAGUGAGCUCUGCAAUCGAAACACUUAGCUUUUGCAUAGCAGACGCGGGACAUGCGUUUCUUGUUCCUACACCAUAUUACCCCGGUCUUGACAAUGAUGUAAAAUGGCGAACUGGGGUGGAGAUAGUACCUGUUCCCUGUCGUAGUGCUGAUAACUUCAGUUUAAGCAUAACUUCUCUGGAUCGAGCAUUCCACCAGGCAAGGAGUCGUGGCCUUAAAGUUCGUGGAAUCAUAAUCUCAAACCCUUCAAUUCCUGUUGGAAAUCAACUUCAUAAAGAAACACUCUACAAACUUCUGGAUUUUGCCAGGGACAAAAACAUCCACAUAAUAUCAAAUGAAAUAUUUGUAGGAUCAACAUAUGGAAGUGAAGAGUUUGUGAGCAUGGCUGAAAUGAUCGAUUUAGAAGAUAGCGACCGAGACAGAGUACAUAUUACGUAUGGCCUAUCUGAAGACAUGUCACUUCCUGGUUUUAGAGUUGCUGCAAUCUACUCUUUGAAUGAGAAUAUCCUGGCUGCUGCUGGAAAGCUGGCAAGAUUCUCAUCUGUUUCUGCCAUAACUCAGAACCUCCUUUCUUCUAUGCUUUCAGAUGCACAGUUCAUCCAGAAGUUCAUUGGAAUCAAUAGAAAGAGGCUUGGAGAAAUGAAUAGUAAAUUUGUUGCAGGGCUGAAGGAACUGGACAUCAAAUACAUGAGGAGCAAUGGAGGGUUCUACUGCUGGGCUGAUAUGGGCAACUUAAUCCGUUCUUACAGCGAGAAAGGAGAAGUUGAGCUCUGGGAUAAAUUGUUGGAUAUAGGUAAAGUUCAUGUUAUCCCUGGCUCUUGUUGUAAUUGUAUUGAGCCAGGAUGGUUCGGAUUCUGUUUUACAACUUUGAUUGAUAAAGAAAUACCUAUUGUUAUGGACCGAAUUCGGACAAUUUCCGAAGCUUGUAAAUCUUAUACUUGAAAUGAAAUUACUGUUCUGUAAA